CGGGCCGUGGCGGAGCUGCCCGUAGCCCCUCUGGAUCGUGCCUUCAGGAGCCAGUUUCUGUCCCUGGUCGUACGCUUGGGAGCCUAAUCCUGCCCCUAAACUUGCCCUCAGGAGCCUUAUCCUGCGCCAAAGCUGCCCCCCGAACCCCCCAUCGCUGCUCGGCUUUCAGAAGCCUCGUGUCAAGAAACUGACGCCGACGUGUGUUUAAAACCGUGAACCAAAAAAACCCCAAACCAAACCCAGCGGCACUGCGAUUCUUUUUCAUGGCUUAUUCUGUGUGCAGUUCACCUCUGCACUUCUUCCCUUGAGCUACGGGAGUUUUUUAUUUUCAGUGAGGAGGAGCAGGAUGGAUGUGCUGAGGCCCACCCUGGUGAGGACUGGGGGGCGAGUGUACCGGAAGAAUCUCAUCCAAGAGCAGCCCUUCCCGCGGGAGGAGGAGGAGGAUUUCUGUGCAGGCCCCGGUGACUGCGCGGACGAUGAUCCCUGCGACGCCUUUGUGGUGGAGGAGACUGAGCGAGGCUUCCAGAGCCGGGUGGAGGUUCCCAGCCCCUUCUACAAGUAUAUCAUUGGGAAGAAAGGGGAAACCAAGAAGAGGCUGGAAACAGAGACUCGAACCUCCAUCAGCAUCCCCAAGCCUGGAGUGGAAGGAGAAAUUGUGAUCACCGGGCAGCAGCGGAGCGGAGUCGUCUCCGCCCGGACGCGCAUCGAUGUGCUCCUGGACAGCUUCCGUAAGAAGCAGCCCUUCACACACUUCCUGUCCUUUGCUCUCAACCAGCCUGCCAUCCAGGAGAAGUUCCUGCAGUUCAAGGAGGAAGUGUUGGAGAAAUGCUCACAAGAUCACGGGGUCAGCAGCAGCCUGUUCCAGAACCCUGCAAAGCUUCACCUGACUCUUGGGACGCUGGUACUCCUGAAUGAACAAGAGAUCCAGAAAGCGUGUGACCUCCUACAGCAAUGCAAAGAGGACUUUGUGGACCAAAUCACCGGAGGCAAGCCCCUGACCGUGGAGGUGGCGGGAGUGGAGUACAUGAACGACGACCCUGCCAUGACCGACGUCCUUUACGCCAAAGUCCGCAUGAAGGACGGCUCAGACAGAUUGCAGGUGAUCGCUGAUCAGCUGGUGGAGCGGUUUGUGGCCUCUGGCCUGAUGCUCAAAGAAUGGGACAGGGUGAAGCUGCACGCUACAGUCAUGAACACUCUCUUCAGGAAAGAUCCAACUGAAGAGCGAAACAACACAAUGACUGGUAAAUCAUCUUUCAAGGAGCGGGAGUCAUUUAAUGGCCGAAAUAUCCUCAAGCUUGUCACUUUAUGAUUCCUGCGUGGAAUGCAUGCAGAACACCCAGGAGACGGCAUCUGUGAACGCACCAAGAGCUUCUUGGCAUUUAUGUGGCAUUUACUUUGGCUCAGGAAAAUAAAAAUAUGAAAAAGAAGCCUCCCAUCACAUGCCUUGGAUCUUUCUCCCUGAACUCCGUGUGUGCUGCAUCUUCUUACUUUGGCGGUACUUUUCCGGAGAGCGAUGGUUAUAUUGUUAUUGCUUCCCAAGGGAUUUUCCAGUGUCACAGAGGAGAUACUCCUGACUUGGGAGGUGGGACUUUUAUGACCAGGAUUCUGUCCCUCCUGAAGUCUGCAAGCUUUAUUCUUCCCAAAGGACAUGAGGUGAAAGGGCCUCUGCUGCUGCCUUUUAAACCUGCCAGAGGCUGAAGGAAAAGGAGAGGGGAAGGGCUGUUCCUCACAUUAUCCAUGUGGAAGGACUGGAUGCUAUAUUGGGGAUGGAGAGACACUCCAGAGCCAGCUGCACACUUGCAGAACAGAACAAUCUGCAGCUCUGUGGCUGGUGCUCCUGGCGAUGGCCCCGGUGACAUCUGUCCUUCCCUGUCCUUCCUAACCCUCCCUUCCAUCCCUGGGACUCCGCACAUCUUCAUCCUGUGACACCUGGGCAGGACUGGAAAGUGUUGGAUCCCCAGCCAGCGGUCCUUCAAAAAAAGCCCCGAAAAGGAAGCAGUUGCUAAUUUGGAGAGGAGGCUGGGAAUGCCGGGAAGAGCCGCCUCGCUGGAUGAGUGCCUGCCUACCUGCCUUUCCUACGCUCCUCGUGCAUUAUUCCUGGCGAGCUCCCAAGCACAAUUAAACCUCUGAUAGAUAAUCAGUGGUGGAGUGGUG